UAUUUGCAUGAAUCAUAUUUGUUCCCACACAUUUAUUAUGGAAAAAUGCAAUGCAAAAGUGACAAUUAAUUACAUCCGUAAUUAUUGUAAGCCCUUGCAAACUAACUGUCUGUGUAAAUAGACUAUUUAAAUGAACCAGUUAUUAAACUGGUCUGUUUUCUCUUGCUGUGUAAUUGGCAAGUCAAGCGUUUGAUUUUCCAUGUUGUCAUCACUGUAGAUAAACCGAUGGUUGAUGGAGGGACCCUGGAGAUACUAAACUGCAGUCAGGUGCUCACACGGCAGAUGAAGAACCAGAGAGCAGUGAGAAGCAAACUGUCUGCUUUGAGUGUAUAUAAGUUGUUUUGAUUGAAUAUUUUAAUAUAUUCUCAGGAAUUUUUCAUGAUGGAAGAUUUGUUUAUUUAAAGCUGUAAAUGGCCAGGUUGCUUGUGACGCACAUGAGAUCAGGAUCCCUCUUCAGAGAGUUUCCAUAUCAGACUGAAUGUUUUUAAAUGGAGUCCUCCGCUCAGGAGGGGUUUGAUUCAGAUGAGGCUCAGUUUCAGAUGCGGACGGCGGUGAGGAACGCGACGGUUUUGUGGCCUCGGGCGCGUCUGGUGCUGGAGACUCUGAUGGUGCUGAUGAGUCUGGGCGCAGUGACGGGUGAGAUACUGGUUAUUUUUUUUGUUUGUUGCAGCAAAAAAUUCCUUACUGUGACCUCUGUCCUCAUCAUCAAUCUGGCCAUUAGUGAUUUCUUAGUGGGAAUAGGAGUAAUGCCAUUUGUGGCUGUUUCCAUUAUGAACAACGGAUGGGUCAAAGGCAAUGAUCUAUGUCUAUAUGUCGGCUACACAUCUUCAGUAUACUGCACAGCAUCAGUCUUAACACUUGCUGCUAUCGCCCUGGACCGUUAUUUCGCCAUUGUGGACUGUCUGCGGUACGAUUCCCGCUGCACUAUUUGGAGAACAGGUUUGGCAGUGCUAUGGAUCUGGCUGCAAGCUAUGGUGACCAGCUGUCCUCCUCUCUUGGGCUGGAGCAACAUUAGUUUUGUGGCUCCCAUGUACAGCUGUGCAGUGAACUGGGCCAACAGCCCAAGCUACACCAUCAUUAUGGCCUCAUUAACAUUUCUUCUACCAGCUAUAGUCAUCCUGUUCUGCUAUGUGAAGAUUGUCCGUGUGGCACGGUACCACGCUAGGAGGAUUCACAGUCUGGAAGAACAUCUCCAACGUAGCAGGACCCCAUCUGUCUUGAAUCUCCAACACUCUUUCAUGGACUCCUUCACGCCAUCCAAGCUGGUGUACCAUGUGAGUGGGAAGUUUGUGAUGGAUCAGUUAGAUGUUCCUGGUGAAAUUUCUCCAGAUGCACCAUCUGAGAUGUCUUCCAAGUCAGCUGGUGGACGUCUGCACUCAUUCUUGGCUCAAAUCCAUAGCAGUAGCCUGCAGAAUCCCAACCAAACUCAACAUCAUGGAGUCUUGAGGUUGUUCUUGGUCAUUGCCGCUUUCUUCUUGUGCUGGACGCCCUACAUUAGUGUAGCUCUGGUGCAGGCCACUGAAACUGCCCUGUCCCGACCCAGCAGCCUCGUUCCCCCAUCUGCAGUCACUUUGUCCUAUUGGCUGGUGCUGUUAAAUUCUGAUAUCAACCCGUUGUUGUAUGCGCUCCUCAGCAAGCGUUUCCAAGUUGCUUUCCAGAGUUUGAGAUGGAAGAUUCUGGCCAGGUUGGGGAGUGUUGUGGGACGAGGAGGAGGAGCUGAGAGGUCUACAGGUGGAGGUGGAGGUGAGAGUGACCCCACUAAUGGAACGACCCACAGCUCCACAGCACACUCCAGAAACGACGGGGAACCAGCAUACCCUUCUGUCUUCACUCUCAGCUCUCAGUUACCCAACAGCUUCAAGGAGCAGCUGAAUAAUGUUCUUCCUGUGGCCACUUCUUCUCGUCCUGUUUGUCAUAAAUGUGGCGGACAAGGUUCUAGGACGGUGGACCACCUGCAGGUUCCCUCCAAACAGUGUGAGCGGAACAGACUUCCUUACUCUGCUGCUACUAAAAAGAAACAAGCCACGUUCUUUUAUGGACAGAUCACAGUAAGAGUAGAACAUGAUAUUUGCUGAGUUUAUCACAUGUUUUAAAUCAUAAUAGUAUUUUACAAUAUUGCUGUUUUUACUGCAUUUUUAACCAAAUAAUUGCAGCCUUGGUGUAAGAUGCUUUUUUUUUAAUAUUUAAAAACUUAUU